UUCAGAGAAUCAGAACACAUCUUUCAGCCAUAGGAAAAACGAUCGGACCCAGCCGCCUCAGCAAGCAAAAGCCAACAACAUCACGUGGACUAUUCUCAUCCUCAAUCCUCAUAACACCCUCCCUGGGUCCCACUCUCAAACUCUUUCCUUUCUUUCACCUCCCUCCCUCUCUCUCUCUGAACACUCUCUCCUCUCCCAAACGAACUCACACCACAAUAUCACAGAGAGAGAGAGAAUCAAGCUUGAAUUCCGAUGGACGAGGUUUCGAGCGGGGCUCUGGUCCCGGCGGUGAAGCCGGAAUCGAGGACAUCGGCGUCCGUCGCCGGCGCCGCGUCGUCGUCGCAGGAUCCGCUUGCCGGGGACGCCGCGGCGGCGGCGGCGGUGGCUGCCGGAGCGACGGAGGUGGACAAGGAUUUCCUCUGCCCGAUUUGCAUGCAGACGAUAAAGGACGCAUUCCUGACGGCGUGCGGGCACAGCUUCUGCUACAUGUGCAUCAUCACUCACCUCCGCAACAAGAGCGAUUGCCCUUGCUGCUCCCAUUUCCUCACCACCAAGCAGCUCUUCCCCAAUUUCUUGCUCGACAAGUUACUGAAGAAAACUUGUGCUCGUCAAAUAUCGAAGACGGCAUCUCCAGUGGAGCACUUUCGCCAGGCGCUGCAGCAGGGCUGCGAAGUUUCAAUUAAGGAGGUAGAUACGCUCUUGGCCCUCCUCGCGGACAAAAAGAGGAAAAUGGAACAAGAAGAAGCUGAGAGAAACAUGCAAAUACUGCUAGACUUCUUGCAUUGCUUGAGGAAGCAAAAAGUCGAAGAGCUCAACGAGGUGCAAACUGAUCUCCAGUUUGUUAAAGAGGACAUAAAUUCUGUGGAGAGACAUAGGAUGGACUUGUAUCGUGCAAAGGAAAGGUACUCUUUGAAGCUCCGGACAGUUGGAGAGGAUUCCAGUGCCAGAAAACCGUGGCAUUCAUUGAUCGACAAGAAUAGUAGCGGUCCUAUCUCCAGUCCUCUUAAUCUUCGUGGAGGAAUGUCCUCUGGGAAUCUUCAAAUUAAGAAAUUGGAUGGAAGGGGUCAAGUAAAUUCUUCGGGACUCCAGAGAAAGGAUUCUAUGAGUGGAUCAGAUUCACAGUAUAUUAACCAAUCGGGUCUAGCUGUUGUGAGAAAAAAACGAGUCCAUGCACAGUUUAAUGACCUUCAAGAGUGUUAUCUGCAAAAGCGACGUCAAUUGGCAAACCAACAAUAUAAUCCACAAGAGAGGGAUAAAAAUGUCAUACAUAGAGAGGGUUACAAUGCAGGUCUUGCAAGUUUUCAGUCAGUGUUGAGUACAUUCACGCGGUAUAGCCGUUUGAGGGUCAUUGCUGAACUUAGGCAUGGGGACCUGUUUCACUCAGCCAAUAUAGUGUCAAGCAUAGAAUUUGAUUGUGAUGAUGAGUUAUUUGCUACUGCUGGUGUGUCCCGGCGCAUAAAAGUUUUUGAUUUCUCCUCGGUUGUAAAUGAACCUGCUGAUCUGCACUGCCCAGUUGUUGAGAUGUCUACACGGUCAAAGCUUAGUUGCUUGAGUUGGAACAAAUUUGUUAAGAACCAUAUAGCUAGUAGUGAUUAUGAGGGGAUUGUAACUGUUUGGGACGUGAACACUCGGCAGAGUGUGAUGGAAUAUGAAGAGCAUGAAAAACGUGCAUGGAGUGUCGAUUUUUCACGUACAGAGCCUUCAAUGCUUGUAUCUGGUAGUGAUGAUUGUAAGGUCAAGGUUUGGUGCACAAAUCAGGAAGCUAGUGUUCUUAACAUUGACAUGAAAGCAAACAUAUGUUGUGUCAAGUACAAUCCUGGAUCUAGCAAUUACAUUGCGGUUGGUUCAGCAAAUCAUCACAUCCACUAUUACGAUUUAAGGAAUGCUAGCCAACCGCUGCACGUGUUCAGCGGGCAUAAGAAAACAGUGUCAUAUGUGAAAUUCUUGUCUAACAAUGAGCUUGCCUCUGCAUCAACAGACAGUACAUUACGGUUAUGGGAUGUGAAGGAAAAUACGCUGGUUCGAACCUUUAGAGGUCAUUCAAAUGAGAAGAACUUCGUCGGUCUUACAGUAAAUAGCGAGUACAUUGCAUGUGGUAGCGAAACGAAUGAAGUUUACGUCUACCAUAAGGAAAUCUCAAAGCCUGUGACGUGGCACAGAUUUGGCUCGCCCGAUUUGGAUGAUGUGGAAGAUGAAGCGGCAUCUUACUUCAUUAGUGCAGUGUGUUGGAAGAGUGAUAGCCCCACCAUGCUCACCGCCAACAGUCAGGGAACAAUUAAAGUGCUGGUUCUUGCGGCCUAACAUGUUGCAAGAAACUGAUAAGAAAAUGGAGAAGAUGUUAUAUUCAUUUUUUUUUAACCUACGCAGGAUGAGUGUUUUGCUCUUUUUUGCAAGAUGAGCUGGGAUAUAGCUUUUGAUGUAUUAUUGAAUGUGUAAUUAUUCUUGUGUUGUAUAUAUUAUUGAAAUGUAAAAUGGGUGAGUUUAUAGGGCAUGGUUUAUAGUUUGUACUUUUAACGAGCUUUUAGGCAGAUUAAUUACCAUUAUAGUAAAUAGAAGAUUUUUAAGAAUUGAUGACUUGGGCGAACUCUCAACUUUUAGAGCAUUGCUUUCAACAACGGUAUGAUGGGUCUCCUACUUUCAUGUUCUGCCUUAUUCCCCUCACUUCUUGAUUGAUGUAAGCAAAGUUAGCUU